AUGCAAAUACACAACAAUUCAAUAACAUUUCAAUUACUAUCAAUGAUAGCCAUAUACAUAAUGAUAUUCAGUUGUUCACAAUUAGUUAAAAGUCUCAAUAUGAAUAAUUUGAAAACUAAUUUUGGUAAAGUAGCAGGUUUUGAAAAAAAAAUUGGACAAGGCAUUCAAUCGAUAAAUGGUGCAUUAGGAACAGCUAAUUUGUUAAAUUUACGUAAACGUCAAUUACAAAUGAAAGGUGGAUAUUCAUAUGGGCAACAACAACAACCAAUGGGAACUAAUUCUCAAUCAUUUGGUUCAUUUAAACAACAGAAUGGUUAUGGUCAAUCACAAAUGAUUAAACGUCGACAAUUAUCGAAUUCAAUGCAAGGUUACUAUUCACGUGGUCAGCAGCAGCAACGUCAACAGUCUCAAAAACAACAACAGCAUCAGCAGCAACCUCAACAACAAUAUUACUCGUCCAGUACAAUGAAGAAACGUUAUAUGAGUGGAAAAAUUAUGCAUCCUAUACCGAAUGCUUAUUAUAAACUACCUAAAAUUUAUGAUUCUAUAGAAGAAAUGAAGGAAGGAAAUGGACAAAACGGUUGUGGACCAAAUGGAAUGUUUAGUUCUGAAGAAGGUGAACUUUCUGAAGAACCAGUUUUAGGUGAAGUAGUGAAACGUAAAAUGAAUUAA